AUGGAGUGUGAGGAGGUGGCGGCUCUGGUUUCUAGAGAAACAGAGCAUUGCAGAGAGUUGCAUCCUUAUCUUGUUUCAUGUUUGUUUCCAAGGAUGGGAGAUCAGAGUGAGACUUCGAUGGCGGAGCGGAUGUCGAAGGAUGAGGAACCUGGAAGUGUUAUGAAUGUCUGCGAAGGCCUCGGUAUUGAAUUCGACGUGAGUUUGAAGCACGGUCAGGUUGGAGUCGAAGACCUUGACUCACUCCAAGCCUUGAGGUUGGGACUUGAGCUGUCAACAAUUCUACCUUGGUCCACAGAAGUCAGCGUGAGAUGA